CUCCCUCCUCCAUCAUGUUAAUCCCUCUCCGUCUUGUUCCUCCAGCAUGUUAAUCCCUCCCUCCUCCAUCAUGUUAAUCCCCCCCUGUCUCCCUCCCUGCCUCCAGCAUGCUGAUGUAUGAGAUGCGGGGGAAGAAGGACCGCUAUGAUGUCAUAGACCUGGACCCCUACGGAAGCCCCGCCCCCUUCCUGGAUGCCGCCGUCCAGGCUGUCGGUGAAGGAGGUCUGUUGUGUGUGACAUGUACUGACAUGGCUGUGAUGGCUGGUAACAGUGGGGAGACCUGCUACAGCAAAUACGGCUCUGUCUCCAUCAAAGCCAAGUACUGUCAUGAGAUGGCUCUGCGUAUCAUCCUACACAGUCUGGACCAGAGAGCUGGUGUGUACCAACGGUACAUCCACCCCCUGCUCUGUGUCAGUGUGGACUUCUACAUACGAGUGUUUGUCAGGGUACACACUGGACAGGCCAUGGUCAAAAACUCAGCAAGUAAACAAGCGUUGGUGUAUAACUGUGUUGGCUGUGGCUCGUUCCACUUACAACGACUGGGCAAGAGGACGACUCAGGGAAACCAUAUAAAGUACUCUGCAGCCACUGGACCGCCGGUCGGAGCAGAGUGUGAACACUGUGGACACAGACACCAGCUGGGUGGUCCUAUCUGGGGUGAGGCCCUCCAUGACGUGAGCUUCGUUCAGAAGGUUCUAUCUGCCGUGUCUGGGAACCCGUCCCGCUUUGGAACCGCCCGUCGCAUAGAGGGCAUGCUCAGCAUGGUCACAGAGGAGCUGGAGGAUGUGCCUCUAUACUACACAGUGGACAACCUGAGCAGCACUAUACACUGCAGCACUCCCCCUCUGCUCCAAUUCAGGUCGGCUCUGCUUCAUGCAGGCCACAGGGUGUCCUUGUCUCAUGCCUGUAAGAAUGCUCUAAAGACGGAUGCUCCUCCCAGGGUCCUCUGGGACGUCAUGCGAUGCUGGGAAAAGUCCAAUCCAGUGAAGAGAGACAGACUGUCAGAGAGCAGCCCUGCUCACCACAUCCUCAAUACUGAACCCAUUCUACAGGCGUGUUUUGAUGUGAGGGAGGAUGCCAAUCCCCAGUCUCGCCGUCGCCACCUCACCCGCUUCCAGGAGAACCCUGAGCCUUUCUGGGGGCCCAAGGCCCGUGCCAAUGCUGGUGGUGGAGGUAUCUCAUCAGACCUGGAGGACAGGAGGAAACAGGGUCAAAACAAGAGGAAGAACCAGAUCACAGACGCCACCCAGCUUAAGAGCUUCCCCUGCAAGAGGUUCAGGAAGGGUAAAUGCACACACGGUGAAAAAUGCUGUUACUCCCAUGACCUGGAACAGAAUAACCAGAUGGAGUGAUGGUGGAGCGAGUCUCCUCUUUUCUUCCCUCCCACUUGGUAUCCUCAUGUCCAGCUCAGCAGAAUCUGUCCACUAAGGUAUACUGGACACAAUCAUGACGAAGCAACCAGGUGAAACUCCAGGCCCCAGACAUAACUAACUUUGAACUCGUUAUGACUCGGGGGUGAAGUUUCCCCCUUGGUACCAAUCUAGGAUCAGCUUCCCCUCCCCCAAUCCUCUACAUUACCAUUAGUGGGGAGAAUGCAAAACUGACCCAGUAUCAGCAUCUAUGGGCAACUUCAUAAUGGGAUGUCUAGUUGGCCCUGUAUUGGAAAUACACACACUGGCUUCAUACUGAAGUGAAGCAUCAAUUCUGUUUUAUUUAUGACUGUUGUGACAGUCUAAUAAAAGUCUUUAUGGCAA